AUGAGUUAUAUGUCCAUUCAUGCGUUACCAAUAUUAGCUUUAGCAACUAAUUCAUUAAUUUUACUUGUUGUUCUGACAAAUUCGAGAUUAAAUCGUUCAUCAUUUUCUGUUUAUAUUAAAUCAAUGGCUAUAUCAGAUACACUUGUUCUUGUACUUAAAUUAAUGUCAUAUGAAAAUAAAACAUUACAAACAUUAUAUUGGCCAUCAAUGUGUACUGGUCUAGUAUUUCUUAGUGAUGCUAGUACACUCUUAUCUAUUUGGACAAUAGUAUUAAUAACAGUCGAACGUGCAUUAGUUGUUUUAUUUCCAUUACGUAUUAAAAAAUUUGUCUCAGCAUCUCGUGCUCGAGUAUUGAUUAUAUUAAUAACCAUAGUGAGUUUAAUAUUUUCCACCCGUGUUUUAUUUAUACCAAUUGAUGUUUCUCCAGAACAAAAGAAACGUUGUCAUCCAAUAUCAAGUUGGCAAAAGUAUCGACAAUUAAAUGAAACAAUAACUGAAUUUAUUCUUUGUUUUAUUCCAUUAACAAUUGUUAUUAUUGGUAAUUGUAUAACAUUACAUACAGUUAAACGAGCUGUAUUUCGACGACAUCAAAUUUUAACAAAUCAUAUUUAUCUUAGAAAAUCAAAAUCCGAAAUAAAUGAAAAUCAAUUAAUGCUUAUGUUAUUAAUGGUAACAAUAAUGUUUACGGUUUAUUUUUUACCAUUUACAAUAAUAAAUGUUAUAUCAAGAUGGGGUUUACCAUUUGAUUUAUGUUUUACACAAAAAUCUUUUGAAAAUUAUUUAAUUAUACGUUCACUUUGUGAAUUUUUAAAAGAUUUAAAUUUUUGUACAAAUUUUAUUAUUUAUUGUAUAAGUGGACAUAAAUUUCGUUAUGCAUUUUUUUCAUUUAUUCGUCGUUGUAAUCGAUUGUUUCCCAGUUUACGCUAUUCUAAGAGUAAAAAACAUCAUAGUGAACAAUUAUUACAAGUAAAUGUACAAAAAACCUAUGAUUUAAAUUCAAAGCAAGCAUAUAAAGAAUCACAAGUUUAA